UUGGCCUUGAAAAAGCAUUUCCGGUGGGGCACCUGUGACAAGUCUGUGUGCGAAUGUCACGCAGUUGUGCUUUUGGUGACAAAAGACAGGAGUUAGCAACCAAACGUCCACAUAGACUCAAAGGUUUCCCACGAAGGAGCAGCUUUUGAGACACGUAUGCAACCCUGGCUGGGAUACAAGCACUACUAGCAGGCAGUGGCAUUUGCUGAGGUGACAUUGUAUUUGAAAGGCAGGAAGAUGCACUAGAAAGUUAUCGCAGAGCACAAGUGCCUUCACUGCCUCAAGUCCUUCCACCAAUGGUCCAGUCUCGUGAAGCACGAUAGGACUCGCACGAGAAAGCAGCUAUUCCUCUGCAACCUGUGUGGGAAGGCAUUCCACGCAGCGUGCUUACUUGGAAGAGCUCGACCGGAAAUGUACCGAACAAUUAAGUGCCCCACCAUUUUCUUAAUAGGCUCCAAGGCUGCAACAGACAGAUCCAGAAAUAGCCCUACCAUCAGUGUGUGCUAGAAGUGUGCAGAAGAGUGUUGCAUAGUUGCGUGUUGUGUUGCUCUAGCUGUGCAUUGCCGCAUUCAGGAUUGGGUUGCACAUCAUCCACUUUCCUUUGCUCUAGCCACAUGUUAUACCGUUUAGGUGCAUUGCCCUUUAUUUUCAGCACUACAGGAACAACCUGUGUACCUAGCGCACAGCACGAGUUCCCAUCAUGGCCAACUAGUGCACGACCAUUAAGCAUUUAAAAAAGUUGCUUCCCUCCUAUAUUUUCCUCAUCAUUGAAUUAGAGGUUUAAUGUGAGCGCAACUUGGAGGCCAGCCAACGCACGCAUACUUAAAUGCUUGAGUUCAUUUGAUAACAAAUUUCGUUUCAUUUCAAUUCAGUCUUUCAAAUCUAUUUAAAGGCAGGAGUUAAACACUUUCCUGUGUCCUUUUCAUCCCCUUUCCCCCUUCCUCAUUUAUCAGCAUGUUAGCAAGCAUACUAUUAUGAACAUCGAUUCUUUCACAAUUUAUUUUUCAAUCUGGCAAUGAAGAAAAUUGCUUUAAAUGACAUAUGCAAGGUCUUCAUUAUUCUUGUUCUGUUGCCAUGCUGUUUUUGACAGCAAACAUUUAUAUAUUCUAAACCAACUAAAGCUCAUCUUAGAAAUUGGACGCUUACAAGUUACAGCAGCAUGAAGUGUUUGCAAUUUGUUUGUUUUCCUUUCCACAGUCUCCCGUGUAUUUGAUUGUUACCUUAACCUUUCAGGCACACAAAUUUCUCGGCUUCAGCUUGUCUAACAACCAGCCACACUAAAAUGCCACAUCACAUUUGCAAAGAACCCAGCUGAACAGGCAACCUAUUCUCUUUUCAGCCACAGACAUUUGGCUUCAGUCUGUUCAUGGUCACUUAUAAUUAGUUCACUAACUUUCGAUACCCAAAUGUGUCUGUCCGUGCUACUGCACAUUGUCUCAUAAGAAGUGAAAUGAAUUUCACAUGCUUUGUUUAUUUCUGCAAAACUCUGGUGUGCAUGUGGUGAAGUCUGUAAUCUGGCCAUGAUAAGGCGUUUCUUAAUAGAAACUGUAACGAAUGCUCACCUUCAAGCCCUCGCACUACUACACCUGCUCAAUCUAGGUUCUUCCAUUGUCUUUUUUUUUUUCCUCUGAGAAAUUGAUCGUCACUUUUUAAAAAAUUAGUCAGCUUCGUUAUUCAUGUGCUCACGUGAAAAUGCCUUGGAAGCAUUAGCUGUACUUUUUCACACAUCUUGAUUGAAAUAUGCAUGUGAGACCAACACUUGUGUACUUGAUCGCCAAAGUGAGAGCAUUCCGAAAAAAGUAGUUUUAUUGCAUUUUUUUUUGUAUCAUAGAAACUUGCGCACAUCAGAAAUGUCUAUAGAGUACAGUGUUGUUUCCAUGUGCACUUUGGCUCCACAUUAAGAACAGUUGCCCAUAUAACAACAUGUAGAUUGUUCACGAACCCUACAUGCCUCAUUAUUAUGGCAUCUGUGUCAUUUGUAGCACUAGCACUGAUAGUAGCAGUUGUCCCUUGUGAACUACUAGUAACCUUUGGAGACAUGCAGAAGAAAGUAUGGCCAUACAUUCUUGUCCAGUGUGACCUGAAUAUGAAUUAGCUGGCAUUGGCCUAAUAGCAUGCCUCUGUGCACAUGAUUUCAGGUUCUUCAAGUGCGAGAACUGAGUAAAAGUGCAGUUGCUUACCAGUUGCAAUGUCCUGAAUACUCCCAUAUUGUGUUCCUUAUCUUGACAUUAUUAUUGCUGACCUGUGUUUCACAGUGUAAAAUUUGUUGUGCAUGGUAUUCUUUUUGGAACUCUGCACACCCAAGAAAUGAGAGAAACCGGGAUGUAGAUGGAACUAUGAUGAGUGCUGCAGUUAUGAGGUAGUGCGCAGGAAAGUUUUGUUGGGCCUACCACAACUGCAUUUGUUGUCGCAAGGUAUAGUAUUGCACUAGAAGAAAUGAGGACAGAAAACCAAAAUCUCUGGCCUUUCGAAACAGCAUUCUAAAUUUAGCAGUACAGUAACGCAAGCUGAAGUCAUUUGCUGGCUAAGGAGGCAACUGAUUCCUUGCAAGGCUUUCAUUAUAUUUGCCUUGCAAUCAUAACUAAGCAGGCUGCUGCAAGCUUUACAUUCCUUGACACCAGAUUUGAGUUGUAGCUUACAUUCCAUGAUGGCGAGGUUUUAUGCACAAGCUAGAUGUGUAGACAGGAGACUUGACAAACACAAGUGCAAACUUUCAACUGAAUUUUAUUGGCGAGAAGGGCGCAGUUGCAUACACGUACGAUGUGUGACGUGCAUCCAGUUUGUGAAAAAAGAAAACAACAAGCAACUGGAAACCGUGGAUCGUGCUUAAAUUCCACCCGUUUUGCAAUUUUCUUUAGGCUGUCAAUGUUAUAUUGUCCUAUUGCUCAAAUGAACCUAAUUCUGCACUGGGCUUCCCUGUGAUUUUCUUUUUCUCUCUCUGCUGGUUAUGGAUAAAGCAGGAUACUCUCUUUCCUUCAAAUUUUCAGGGGGUAGAGAUUCAGGGUUCACAGAGGCCAAGAGAGAGCCUGCAGAUUCCAGUGGGGACGAGUCCGAAGCAUCAACCAGGGAUGUUGCCUCGCAGGUGACAGAUGAUGAACAAGACAGCGAAGAAGAAGCUGGCUGUCAGUAUCACUGUGAACUCUGCGACGAGAGCUUCAACACGCAUCAACUCAUGCUUCAGCACUCCGCGGUGCACAGGCAGGAGUGGCCAUUCUGGUGUAGUCUCUGCGGAGCCAAUUUCCCGUGCAGCGAAAAGCUGGUGAAGCAUGAGGGCACACAUGUGAACAAGCAUCAGCAUCGCUGCCUGAUCUGCAAGAAGGCCUUCAGCCACCAGAAUCUGCUGCACGAACAUAUGCUGAUCCACACAGGCCAGCCAACGUUCCACUGCCACCUGUGUCCCAUGGCGUUUUGCACGAAGAGGCAGCUCCUAAGCCACCUACGCAGCCAUGGCAGUCGUGCACGCUUUGCGUGCGAUCAGUGUGGGAGUACCUUUAGCCAGAAGGGAUCACUUACAAGACACCGCCCGAUUCACCAGGAUGACCGCAAGCGCCACAGCUGCGCUCACUGCCCCAAGGCCUUCUACCGACGGGCUGAUGCCCUAAAGCACGAGAGGACCCACACGGGAGAGCGGCCGUUCAGCUGCGACCUGUGUGGGAAGGGAUUCAAGCAGCGUGUUCACUUGGAAAGGCACAGCCGGAAUUGCAUUGACCAAAUUACAGUUGAACCACCAUCCUCAUAGACCAUGGGGCUGCAGCAUCAAUACUCCACCUCAUACUUGGCGAGCAGUGCUAUGGAAGCUACGCAUGUUGUGUGGUCAUGUUUGUCUCACUCCGUGCAUUUUGCAGUGCAAUUUGCUUUAGAGCGCAGCUCUUAGGUGCCCGUUCCUGCGUUGCGUGACGGCGUCCCUCGACGUAACCGAGCAAAAAAACACAGUGAAGGAUGAAAAAGCGAACGCAGACGGCAGCUGGGGAUGAAAGACUGCAAUAGCGAAGACAGUGCGAGGAGGAAAACGGAGGAGGAGGGUGCAGCGAACCAUGAGGCGGAAAGGAGAGGAGGGUGUGGCGAAAGCGUGAGAAGAAAAGCGUAGUGCUGCGCAAGACCUGUUCUGUGGUGACGAUCGCUACAAGAUGGCACCAGAGUAGCCCGCAGUGCUGCUAAGCGUUUGGAACUAUAUUUGAUGAUAAAUUUUGUUUCAUUUCGGAUCAAUAUUGUGCAUUUUAUGAAAUGCAGAAAUUGUACACUUUCCUGUUCAUUCUCUUUCUUGCAUAAAUCACCAAGCGACCAUGCUGUUAGUCAUUGUUUGUUUAUUUGUUUGUUUGCUUACUUUCUUGUUUUGUCUAUGUUUUAAUUCUAUCUUUAUGCCCUUUCUCAUGUGACAACGAAGAAAAAAACUUCACGAGGCAUAUGGAAUGGCUGUAUAAUUCCAGUUCUGUAAAAAUAUUUCCAUGUUCUUACCCAAAAUAAAGCUCAUCACAAGGUUCUCUGCUUAUAAGCGAAAGGGUCCCUCACCAGGUUUGGGCAUUGCAAACAGGAUAGUGCGGUGCAGAGAUCAUGCGGUGGCAAUCAUGCUGUAAAGUGUCAAACAGCUGCACAGCACAAGAAGAGCUGAAAUUUCAAACUGAAGCCAGCGCACCAUUCAUCUUAAGGGAGCACCUCAUUCAGCCAGGUCACAGGCAUGAAUGCCUCUACGUAAGAUGCAUUGCCUGCAGCAUCGCUAAUUGCGGCACAGGGCCUCGGUAAACCAUCCAGUGCAGCAUGCCGCCACUAGGAGUGCACCGCACUGCAAAUAAAAAAAAAGAAGAAGAAAAGAAAUUAAAAAAGGGCAGGCGGAGCUUGCGGCGUAAACACGACACCGUUUCUGGAUGCCAGUAUAAGAGAAGGCAUGGAAGGUAUGUCGCUUGUGGUUCGUUCGAAACCCACUGCCGGAGACCCAACCGGUCAAGAAAAUGGGUACAGACGUGAACCCUGGUCACGCGUCCGGCUUUCCUUCUAGGGUGUGUGUCUGGGGGAGGCCUCGCAAACCCCGCCCCCUGGGCUGUAACAGUCUCUUAUAGCCCAAUAGUUUCGAACUGUUCUAACCUGAAAAGGUGGUACCGUCGAUACGUCUGUGAA